AUGUUGAGUCCAAAGAUUCAACGCUCUAUCCGAGUCAACGACGGCCAGUUGAUAGCUCUGUCAGAACGAGCUCAAUAUGAUCACUCACAGGCCGGGUACCUUCACAAACGGAGCUCUGACAACACAAAAUGGCAGCUUCGGUGGUUCAUACUGUAUCAGAACCUGUUGUUUUAUUACGAGUCUGAAAACAACACUCGUCCUACCGGCAUUCUGUUGUUGGAGGGCUCCUACUGCGAGAGACUUAGCAAAGCACCGCUCGAGAGGAACGCUUCGUUCUGCUUCACAAUAUCGUAUCGCCGUGAGAGCCAGCGUCAGUACGAGCUCAGAGCCGCGUCUGAAGUAGACUGUUCACACUGGGUCGACGCUAUCCGCGAGGCGAGCUUCAACAAGCUGUUGCAGCAGAAGGAGGAGCUGGAACAGAAGCAGCUGCAUCUGCUGCAGGUAGUUGAGAGUGAGAGAACUUCACGCUGGCAGUACGCCCAGCAGUGUGACGAACUUACCAACGAGGUCAAGAAACUGAGGACAGAGCUAUGCGCUUACAAGAAGGAACACGAGCCAGCAACUCGAGCGGAAUCAACUACGAGCCUUUCACCCACCGACUCGGAGGAAAUCGAUCCCAAUGAAUUGAGGAAGAUUAAAAAAGUUCAGAGCUUCUUCCGCGGGUGGUUAUGCAGGCGUCGUUGGAAGCAGAUUGUUGAGCAGUAUAUUAAAAGUCCUCAUGCUGAGAGUAUGAGGAAGAGAAAUAGUCUGGUCUUCAAAAUGGUUGAAGCUGAAGAAGAAUAUUUGGAGCAGAUGGAAUGCUUGGUCACCUGCUUCUUAAGGCCCUUCAAGAUGGCCGCGAGCUCCAAGAAGCCUCCCUGCACCCACGAGGAUGUCAACUCUAUUUUCCUAAACAGCGAGACUGUAUUGUUUUUACAUCAAAUAUUUUUCAAAGGAUUGACUUCCAGAAUGGAGUCGUGGCCGACACUCGUUUUAGGAGACCUUUUCGACAUGCUGUUGCCGAUGUUGACGAUCUACCAAGAAUACGUGCGGAACCAUCACUACUCGCUACAAGUGCUCACAGAGUGCAAACAGAAUCAACCCUUCACGCAGCUUCUAGCACGCCUCGAGAGCAAACCAGCCUGCCAGUCAAGACUGCUGGAGACAUUUUUGACGUAUCCUAUGCAUCAGAUUCCAAGAUACAUCAUCACCCUGCAUGAACUAUUGGCACACACGCCACACGACCACGUGGAGCGUCGCAGUCUGCAACACGCACGUGCUCAACUAGAGGAACUGUCCCGACAAAUGCAUGAUGAGGUCAGCGAAACUGAAAAUCUGAGGAAGAAUCUAGCGGUCGAACGAAUGAUAAUUGAAGGAUGUGACAUACUUCUGGAUGUAAACCAAGUUUUCAUUCGUCAAGGAACUCUCUCCCAAGUGGUAGGUAAAGGACGGCGAGCAAAUUUACAGGCUCGGCAAGCGUUUCUGUUCAGCAACCACUUGCUGCUGACCACACGAGCUGCUGGUGGUCGUCUUCACCUGCCGCCGUCGGGGCGUCUGCCGCUACAUGACGCACUGCUUAUUGAGGACCCGUCAAACCAUGAAGAUGAUGAUUCCACAUCUGUUUGCUCAUCUCCUGGAGGAGAUCUCUAUCACGGCAAGGACUUUAAAAUACUCGUUGAAGUCAAGGGUGAACAGAUUUGUGCACACUUAGUUGCAGCAACUUUGGAAGAUAAAGCAGCAUGGACAAGCGAGUUGGCCCAAUGUAUGGAGAGUGCUGCAUUAACUGAACUGUUACGAGCGUGCGGCUCGUGUGGUGCAGCAUCAGCCAGUCUCCCCGCUUGUAGGUCUGACAGAGCGCUGUUCACUGACGAUGUGGAUAUUAGAUUCAGCAGAACAUUGAACUCCUGCAAGGUGCCGCAAAUUAGAUCGGCUACUCCGGAACGAUUGCUGCAAAGAUUGACGGAUCUUCGUUUCUUAUCCGUGGACUUCCUGAACACCUUCUUGUUGACGUACCGCGUGUUCACGGAUGGAGUGAAGGUCCUCGAGGCUCUAAAGGCUGUCUUCUAUGAACAGUCACAGCAGGAGCUCGAGCUGGCACCUCCUGACACCACCAGGAAGGCGAGCGGAGCCAGCUCCGUGUCUGGUUACGGAUCUGAGUAUAGCGACCGUGAUUGGCAGUCAAGAUUUUGGAGAACAUCUAGAAAAAGUGAGGAAGAUGAUAAAUUAUCACCGUAUUUAAUGGCGCCAUCACGACGGACAUCCGCUGUUAAGGCUGAAGAAGAUAACAGCCAUCUACAAAUACCAAAAAUAAUGGCCACUUCGUCCAGUAACGAAACACUGAAAGGUACUUCUCCGUCUUCUCCUGGCGCUUUAAGUUCAGUGACCCUUGUGGGCAGUCCCAAAAAAAACAGUCCAGUGGAACCAGCGAAAACUGAGAAAAAGUCACCGACUAAAGACAAUGACACAGCAGCCGCUAUCAUGAAAGUAGAGAGCAUUGAACUCGUCGAUCAGAGUGACGAAGACAUCAAGUAUAAAGAGGAAGAACCUGAGAAAAACAAACAUAAGAUUGACGAUAAAUUUAAAAUAUCACAAAGAUUUUCAGAAGUUUGCAAUCAGCGUGUUCGUACCAUGUCUGAGAGUCCGCGGCGCCUUCAGCCGGGUUCAGGUGGGGCUGCGCUGGCGGACGCGAGACGCCGGUCUGAAGGAGCGCGGGAAGUUACUGACACAGAGCCGAGGAGAGCCUCGGAUAUCGCCGCGAGAGCACUACCCAGACGGUCUGUCAGUGAAAGACGCUGUACAAACUCAUCUAUGAACAGCGAGCGUCGUCGUUACUGGGGCGGCUCAGAGCCGAGGACGUCUGUCACAUCUCAAGUGUCACAGAUGCAGAACUAUCGCCGUGAAACAAGUCAACCGAAAGCCGGCGUCGUCAUUACUUCGUUCAGACAGUCUCACAGAAGCUUUGGAAAUGACCUGUUAUGGAGCAGUACUUCAACUGCGGCAGCAGCAUUUGCUGUGGCUACAUCAGCUUCCUCAAACCCAAGAUCCCCACCACCUACGUCACCUCCACAAAACAGACGAGAUUCUGUCAUCUCAACUGCGGCUACCAUGAGAGUGCUCAAUGUACUAAGGCACUGGGUGUCAAAGCAUUCUUCAGACUUCUGGUCGGAUGAACGUCUCCGAGGUAUGACGAUGGAUUUCCUUAAAGAGAUCGAAGGCAGCCCUGGACUACUGCCGGCUGAGCACAAAGCCGCUGCUCAAUUGCUUCGUCUCUUAGAACGCGCCCCGGACAGGGCAGUCGAUUUGAAAGCUUUGUUCACGCCGUCAAAGAUACCGACCAAGGAAAGCAUAGAAACACUGUCUGCUCUUGAAAUCGCCGAGCAGAUGACGUACUUGGAUUAUCAAAUAUUCAGCGCCAUACAUAGCGAGGAGUUCCUUAGCCAAGCCUGGACUAAAGCAGAUAAAGCCGAACGAGCUCCUCACAUUUUGAUGAUGACCAGUCAUUUCAACCAUAUCUCGAACCUGGUGAUCUCGGAAAUCCUCAAAAAAUACACUCUUACAGGUCGUGUAUCGGCUAUCGAAAAAUGGGCCGCCGUCGCUGACAUAAUGAGAUGUUUACACAACUUUAACGGAGUACUACAAGUGUGUGCGGCUCUCUCUAACACGGCUGUGUUCCGUCUCAAGAAAACUUGGGAUAAAGUCUCCAAAACUACCAAACAAACUAUCGAGAAAAUGCAGACUAUCAUAUCAUCGGAAUGCAGAUUCAGAAUUCUAAGAGAAUCUCUGCACAGAUGCGACCCGCCCUGCAUUCCGUACUUGGGUAUGUAUUUAUCGGAUCUGUCGUUCAUUGAAGAGGGCACGUCGAAUUACACUCCCGAUGGACUCUUGAACUUCUCAAAAAUGAGAAUGAUAGCACACGUGAUUCGAGAAAUCAGAAACUUCCAACAAACACCGUACAAGAUCGAUCACAUCCCAAAGGUAUGCGACUAUCUCCUCGAGGAAUCCUUCAUUAUCCCUGAGGAGCGUCAGUUCACUCUGUCCUUGGAGCUAGAACCUCGGGCUCCGCGAGGCUCUGCUGGAGGCCUGGUGGUGACUCCGGCCACACCAGCCUCGCCCGCCGCUCAACGCCGCCGACGAGCCUCAUUAGCAGCCUUGGCACCUCUUGCUCCACUACGCAAUGAUCGCUAA